CUUCCCGCUGCAACCGGAGAGGAAAAAAAAAAAAAGGGGAACCAGCCAUGCUUUGAGAAACCGGUGAGAUAAGCUUGGUUUUCUCCUUCUUUCCUUGCUCUACAACACACCUAGAACCCAGAAAUCUUCCCCCUCCUGCUGGAAAAAUCCGGAUCUGCCUUGCUCUGCUCCUCACCGUCCGGCUGCUCCUGCUUUGUGGGGGUGAUUUGCUCCGGUUUUGGAUCCGUGAGUUUCUCCCCUGCACUUGCCGUCGGCCUCCUCCCCAAUCUGCACUCCGGUUUUGCUUGCUGGAUUUAUGGUUCCCGAUCAUUCUAUCAGUUAGUGCGUGAAUUGAGUGCUAGGUUUUUUGCAAGUGAGUGGUAGCGGGACUAAACCCGUUUUACAUGAGCAUGACUGAUUUGAAGUGAAAUGUUUAUGUUUUUCAUUAAAUUGAGCAUGCCUACUUGAAAGUGAUUGUGAACUGUCCUGAUGAUCUGAAAGUGAUUGUGAAUUGUGAUUUGUGAUUUGCCUGUUAACUUCUGCCUGUUUUGUCUCCGAUGUGGUCAUGUUAUUCGUGACCCUGCUAGUGGGGGAGGUUAUAAACGCUAGCACAUGUCGACAUGUUAGUGAAAGAGCCGGUUCGUUCAACCCAGCUAGUGGGGAUUAUACACUGGCUGUGACCUAUAGAGGAGACGUCUAUUUUGUGCCCGAUGUGAAAUCGAGGACGGGGAAACCACGGGAAGUGACGAGUUAGAAUGCUAGCCAUUUCGAGAUUGAUAUAGACUUUAGAAAUAACUAUGAUCUUGUAAACUCGAGUGUAUUUGGAGAUUUAUGAUAUCAGAGAGAUUUUAUAAUUUGAUCUUCAGAUUUUGAUGGUAUCAAAGUGUGAAUUUGAUAAGUUCUGAGCCUUGUGCACUUGUGAG